AUAAAAAUGGCGCAGAUAUGCGCCGUUCCGCUUGGUGCUGGUCAAGAUGUUGGUCGCAGCUGCAUUCUCCUUACAAUCGGGAGGAAGAACGUGAUGUUGGACUGUGGCAUGCACAUGGGCUAUAACGAUGAGAGACGGUUUCCUGACUUUUCGUAUAUCGCUCGUGAAGGCAGAUUGACAGACUACCUGGAUUGUGUUAUAAUAAGUCACUUUCAUCUCGACCACUGCGGUGCGUUGCCGUAUUUCUCUGAGAUGGUUGGUUACGAUGGGCCUAUCUACAUGACUCAUCCAACUAAAGCCAUAUGCCCCAUUCUUUUAGAGGAUUACAGAAAGAUUACAGUCGACAGACGAGGAGAGAAUCAAGCAAAGUUUUUUACUUCUCAGCACAUUAAGGAUUGUAUGAAGAAGGUCGUCGCCGUCAAUUUGCACCAAACAGUACAGGUUGAUGACGAGAUGGAAAUUAAGGCAUACUAUGCUGGGCAUGUGUUGGGAGCCGCUAUGUUUCACAUCAAAGUCGGUCAUCAGUCGGUUGUGUACACUGGAGACUACAACAUGACACCAGACAGACACUUAGGAGCUGCUUGGAUUGACAAAUGCCAUCCGGAUCUUCUCAUCACCGAGUCAACAUACGCAACGACAAUACGAGACUCAAAAAGGUGUCGUGAAAGAGAUUUUCUCAUGAAGGUUCAUGAAGUUGUGGAAGCUGGUGGAAAGAUACUCAUUCCUGUGUUUGCACUUGGAAGAGCUCAGGAACUGUGCAUCCUCUUGGAAACUUUCUGGGAAAGGAUGAACUUGAAAGCUCCAAUAUAUUUUUCAACUGGUUUGACAGAGAAGGCUAACCACUACUACAAACUUUUUAUAUCUUGGACAAAUCAGAAGAUUAAGAAUACGUUUGUUCGAAGGAACAUGUUUGAAUUCAACUACAUUAAGCCAUUUGACCGAUCGUAUAUUGAUAAUCCAGGUCCAAUGGUUGUCUUCGCAACUCCUGGUAUGCUGCACGCCGGUCUUUCUCUCACCGUAUUUAAGAAAUGGGCCGGAGACGAAAAGAACAUGGUUAUCAUUCCCGGCUACUGUGUAGCCGGUACGGUGGGACACAAGGUGUUGUCGGGGCAGAAGAAGAUCGAGAUGGACAGAAAGACUGUGAUAGAUGUGAGGAUGCAGGUUGAGUACAUGUCAUUCAGUGCUCAUGCCGAUGCUAAGGGGAUUAUGCAGCUGAUACGAAUGGCUGAGCCCAGGAAUGUGAUGCUUGUACAUGGAGAAAAUGAGAAAAUGAAGUUUCUCAUGGAAAAAAUUCAAAAUGAAUUUGCCAUUCCUUGCUUCAAACCAGCAAACGGUGAAUCAAUCACAAUCGAAACACCACCCUGCAUCGAAGUAGAUAUAGACACUCAACUACUGACAUCAACCGUCAAUGAUCAAGGUCCACCCACUAAAAAACUGUGUCAUGAUCCGGAGGAUGGUCAUCCUAUUGAGGGAAUUCUGGUGAUGAGAGAAUCGGGAAUGACUCUGAUGGAGCCACAGCAAGCUCUCAAAGAGCUCGGACUGACAGAGCAACAGCUGAGGUUCACAUCGAACGUCUCACUUCCCUCACAGGCUCCCGGGUCUAGCAUCUUAAUGGACAGAUUACAUUCACAGCUGAGAAGUCAUUAUCCUGAUGUAACGUGGCAACAUUUAGCUGACGGUGGCCUGACGUUUUGCAGCAUUAUGGUUCAGGCCACUCAGGGUAGAGAUCCAACUCAACCUGAAGACGCACGAGAGUUUCAGAUUUCGUGGUCAUUCCAGGACGAUGACCUUGGCAGCAAAGUGGCCAUCUUCUCGGAAGAAUUUAUUCAGACGAUGAGUACACAUACUUACUGACGGUUUAAUUAAUUAAUAUGUAUCUGUAGUUAUUUGACUAAUAUCAAAUAAUUAAGGGGUUUUCACUUAUGUAGUAAUUGAUAUUAAAUAGUUGAUAUUAAAUAGGCCUUGGUUGUACAGUGUAUUGUGUUUACUUUCUGGGCAGUUUUCUUUUGUAGUUAGUCUUUGAGAUCACGUGAUCGAGUCGAGAAAACUCUAAAGGAUUUCACACUGAAACUAUGUGCUGCCAGGCCCUGGAACGUAGGCAUGCACUGUUGUAGGCGUGUGUACUAAAGUUGGUUGCUCUACUCCGUUCUGU